AUGACUUGCUACCGUCGACUCAUUCAGAUUGCAAACGUCUUUGGUCGGCGCAGAACCAUGUCCUCCUCAAGUGCAUCUCGACAGUCUCCCAUCGGCUCCCUAAGUGCAACCUUUCUUGGAACGGCCUCCGCUCAACCUUCUUCCACCAGAAAUCACUCAGCCCUUGCCCUCCGGGUUGGUGGGGAUGUGUGGUUAUUCGACUGUGGCGAAGCCACUCAGCACCAGAUACAAAAGAGCAAUGUAAAAAUGGGCAAGAUCGAGAAGAUAUUCGUCACACACACGCAUGGCGAUCACAUUUUUGGAUUGAUUCCAUUGCUUGCAAGCUGCUUAAACGGCGCAGGAGGCGCCGCGGACGGAGCUGAGGACGCCAGAGCCCAAGCAGACACGACUAUCCCGCCCUUGGAAAUUUACGGACCCGCUGGGACUCGCGGCUAUGUACGUAGCGGUCUCAAGUAUACGCACAGCCUCCUUGGAAAGCGCUACGUCGUACAUGAGCUGCGUUUCCCGUCAGAUCCACAAGAGGAGGAAGUCUUUCCACUCGGGAACGCAGAAUCCCCUCACGGCCAAGACAUUCCCCAAGUUGAUGGCUGCUGGAGAAAUAUCUUUACGGACAGUACGAUCUCAGUAUCUGCAGCGCCCAUUAAGCAUUCUGUUUCUUGUGUUGGCUUUGUGGUGACAGAGGCUCCAAUACCCGGGAAGAUCGAUCCAAAGAAAUACAUUCCUGACAUCAAACGCACCAACACGCCCAUUUCUGUGAUGCGUCAGCUCCAGCAAGGCGAAAGUGUCCAGCUUGGAGACGGUACAAUCUUACACGGACCACCACGAAGAAAAGGAAGAAAAGUUGUCAUCUUGGGUGAUACUUACGAUCCGUCUCCCAUCAUACCCCUUGCCGAGGAUGCGGAUUUGCUUAUUCACGAAGCAACUAAUGCGCAUCUACCUGGGAUUGAUCCAAACACGAAGGAAAUAGAUACAUAUGCAUCCGUCGAAGAACGAGCAAAGUCAAGAGGACACUCGACGCCUCAGAUGGCUGGCGCUUUCGCCAAACGCGUACGGGCACGAAAACUGGUUCUAAAUCAUUUUUCUGCACGGUACCCUGGGGAUGAAACAGAGGAGGCCAAUAAAAUAAUGGACGCGAUCGUAGAACUUGCAGCCAAAGAGUUUGGCAGCAGCGUGACGUGCGCCAAAGAUUUCAUGAGCGUCGAUGUCGUAUCCAAUGAUUAA